AUGGAAUUUGAGCUUAUUAAGCUUAAAAAUCAAAUAGGAUGCCAAUUAAGACAGCAAGUUAUAGAUCAGCAAUCGUAUGAAGUUCUGCUAAAUGAAAGAAACAAACUAUUAGAAAAGCUUCAUAAACUUGAAAAUCACCCGUUUUUUCAGCAAAAAGCCAAACUUGCUAAAAAGACUGAAGAAAAAACUAUUGAGCCAAAACAAAGCAAGCUAAGCACAAGUCUUAUAUUUAAAAGCACUGUACAGGUAACCAGAACAGUUGCUUUAAAAAAAUAUUUCCAAGGAGAGUUUGAAAAUAACAAUAUAAACACUACCACAACUACAAGGACUAUUUCAGGCUCAAACUGAGAAUAUGUGAUUGCUCUGCCUAACCCAGAUUAUUCCGGGGCAUUAUUUAAAUCCGAUCUUUUAAAUUGGCAAGCUUUUUUUUCCCUUUGAAAAAUAUGAAAAUUUAAGAUUUUUGCAAAGGAAAUUUAAAAAUUUUCUGAAAAUAGACUCUGCGAGGUAUUCAUAAUGAACAGAUUAGAUGACAGCCGAUUAUUCUUCAUUUUGAAAUAGAGCAGUUACUAAAGAAGAAGCUUUAAGAAUUUUUCAAAAAUGCUUCAAUCCUGAAUACUCUUCAAAUGCACAGCUGACAAGGACCAAUAAAUUUGCAGAACAAGCAGCAUUUAGUGGAGCUUUUGACAGUUUAGAUGACUUUGAAAAAGGGGGUGGGAAAAAAUUAAAAUUUGGAGGAAGGCUGCAAAGAACCCCUGGUAAUUUAUUUGCUGAUAAUGGAGGGCCUGCAAGAGAUGUGUUAACACUAUUUAGAAAUGUUUUAUUAAAUCUAUUUACAAUGAAUUUGCUGAUUGAUCAUUAAGGAAAAUUUACCAGUAUUUAUUAUAAAAACGUAUAGUAAAACUUGGCUCUCACUUAGGACUACAUCUAAAGCAAGUUAUUAGCUCAAAUUUCAAAUAUAUUUAUAUUUUGGUAUGUGCAGAUGAUAAUGAUUUAGAACAAGAAGCGGAAUCUACUGAGUAUAAUUUACAAUUAGAAGUUGGGGUUUCUGAUUUGUCAUCAAUGGAGCCAUGUGAUAAAUCAUUUAGACCAUUAAGACUUGUAAACUCUGACCCUGAAAUUGCUGGGAAGCUUAAAGAGCUAUAUGAGAAUUACCCAGAAAUUAUGAAUUGUUUUAAGGUAAAUGAGUCAGAAAAUAGCUUUUUCCCUGCAGUUGGGGUGACUCCUGAAAACUGGAGGGCUUAUUCUUUGUAUCUUAGCAAGCUUAAAGAGGGGCUAAAAUAUGUGUCUGAGCUGCAUUUGACGCCUAUCCAAAGGAUGACUUAUUAUCAGAAAUUAGUGAGAAAAUGCAUACAAGAGUCUAAUGAUGCACAAGUUAAAAAGAAAAAAAUGCUUUUUAGCUUGUGAGAUAGAUUAGAAAUUUCUAAGCCAAUUGGAGCUUAUUCUGAUUAUGUGAGGAACAUUGAUUCUAAAUCUGGAGUAGAUUUAUUUAUACUGUGUUAUAGUGAAUUUCAUAUUAAAGCUUGCUUCUCGAUAAGCUAAAAGUCUUAUUUUAUAUACAAAUACCCUCUAAUUUCUUUUUAUUUUUUUCAUAUGUCCUAUAUAUGGUAUAAGUUUUUAUGAAGACUACACAGAAACGACCAGUACAAUAAGCGUUCAAUUUUCAAAAACAUUGACAGGCUUAAGCUUCUACAAUCCCUCAUCUCCCGCCAAGUAAAACUCCAUUACCUUCAACAAAAAGAGCUAGUAGUCUGCCAUUUUCCACUUGUAAACCACUGAGAGCUCUCUGGGAAGUCAAAAUUCCCCAACUCCGAGCUCGACACUGACCAAGACACUGACCUAGACGACGCUUUAAAUUUCUUAAAAGACAAAAAUGACGCCUACCAAGGCCUAAUUCACGAAUGAAACAACAAAAUCUGAGACACUAAUCUCCCACUAGGAAAAAUCCGCAACUACUUCGGUGAGAAAAUUGCGUUAUAUUUCAGUUUCAUUGCUUUUGCAGCUGAAUUUCUCAAGCGAUCUUCAUAUGUGGGAUUAAUAAUAUUUAUUUUGCAAUAUUCCUUUGACUCACGUGAUACAAAAGUGAUAUGGUUUAAUGCGAUUUUUUGUGUAUAUGUUUCUGGAUGGGCAACAACAUUUUUGGAAAUUUGAAGGAGAAAGAAUUUUAAUUUAAACUAUUAUGCUUGCCUAAAUCGCUUAUCUAGGCUGGCAUGUUAAAAAUAUAGAGAAUUCACAUGUGGAAAUAUCUUCAAACGUUAGAGAAAACUUUGGUACGCCAGCCUAUAUAAGCAAUAUAGGCAAAAGAUAAUAAUUAUUAUUUGGCGUCUAGGCAAUCUUCGCUAUCUGCCUAUUGAUAAAUCCAUAUUCUUUCUGCACUAACAUUGAUGAGCCUUGAAGCUUGGGAUUUGUUUAUAAAUCAGAAAAGAAUCAGCGUUAUCUGUAGAAUGGGGGCAAACAGAUUAUGAAGAUGAUGAAGUAGCAAGACCGCAGUUUAGAGGAACUUUGAGAAGAUCACCAGUAAAUGAUGACUUAGAAGAAGUUUAUUAUGAUCCAAAAAGGAGAAUCAGGUAUUUUGUGCUUGCUGCAGUUGUUACAACUUUUAUGGUUUGUGUGGUCCUUGGGAUGGUUGCUUCAAUUAUGAUACUCAGAUGGGAGCUGACAGAUAAAUUAACAUUAUCUGGGCUGGAUUAUUCAGGGACAGUUUGCUCAACUUUAAACGCAUUUCAAAUUCAAUGCUUCAAUAUGAUAUAUGGGAAAAUUGCAAUUAAGCUUAAUAAUUUGGAAAAUCAUAGGACUCAAAGUGAGUAUGAGAAUUCUUUAGUUAUAAAAACCUAUGCAUUCCAAUUUGCAAACUCCUUUAACUCUUUAUUCUAUAUAGCUUUUUUCAAAACAAACUGAGAAGGAUGCAUUGUAAAAACAGGAAACCACAAAGAGCGAAAAAUCGGCGCCAACUGUAUGGAUGAGCUAAACCGUGUCUUCACACGACGACUAUUCCAUAACGACUAUUUUUUUUGGCCUUUUUUUUAUGGUUAAAAAAAUUAGGCCAAAACAAAUAGGCCAAAAAAAAAAUAGGCCAAAAAAAAAAUAGGCCAAAAAAAAUAGUCGUUAUGAAAUAAUCGUCGUGUGAAGUAGCCGAGCUAAACCCAGCUAAUUUGCCUUUUUGUCGUCGCAUUUCUCAAAAACAUCUUAGAGCUCGGUAUUCCUUUUAUAAAAUUCAAGCUAAAACAAAAAGAAUUCAAGCAAAAAGAAGCUGAUCGCAAAAGACUAUUAGCCUUAAUCUCUGUCACUGAUUAUGAGGUCUUAAGAGAAGAUAUUGAUGCCCAAGUGCAGCUGCCUCCUUAUGUUACUAGAGAAGUCGACGGCACCUUAGGAGAUUAUAUGGAAUUAGCAGUCUUAUUUGGCUAUAUCACACUAUUUGCGGUAUCUUUUCCAUUAUCAAGUGUCCUUGCUUUUGUUAUUUUAAUGUUUGAAAUUCAAGUAGACAAAUACAAGCUUUUGCAUUUGGUUAGAAGGCCUCAGCCAAUGGGAGCAAAAGAUAUAGGAACCUGAUGGCCAAUUUUCAAUUUUAAUUGUAUUGCUGCGAUUUUUACGAAUUUAGCGAUUUUAUGCUUUACGUCGAGAACUUUUGAAGAUGUGGCGUUUAUUAAUGAUAAUAUUUUUGUGGUUUUUGCCCUGCUGGCGCUGAUUUUGAUGGUUGUGAGGUAUUUGUUGAGGGUGAUUAUACCGGAUAUCCCAGAGAAUUAUAUGAACUUGUUUAAAAGGCACCAAACUAUUGUGGAGAGGCAUUUAAGAGGGUGGGAUUCAAUUAAAAGCAAAUAUAAAGGAGAAAGUGAAGGGUAUGUAAACCCGAAGAUUUAUUGUACAAUUUCUAAAGAAAAUGCUGAGCAAACAAUUGUAGAAAGUGAUUAA